AUGAUCUUGUUCUGUGACGAGCUUGAUCGUAUAGAGUAUAUACGUCUCGACCCUGACGCCCUGAAGCACGCCAAACAUGAUCUAUGGCAACGACAUUCCUUCAAGAUGGAGUCUUCCUCCCCUAAACGUCAGCCCUCAGAGGCUCUGAAAUGCCUUUCAAAAGUCUUAUAUCCAAAUUACUGCCUACUACAGUCUCCGAUGCAGCGCGGAGUGACAAGAUUUGAUCAGAUCUUGAUUUCCGCCCACCGAAACAUCUUGGGCCUCUCAAUCACUUAA